UAUCUUUCUGACAGGUGCUGUGCAAAGCCGUGGCUGCGCUAUUGCAAUAUUUUUUACUUGCUGCACAAUUCAGCAUGAUGGCUGAAGGCAUACAACUCAUUAAGAUAACCAGCUUCCCAUUUAGAACCAACAGUAUUGUUAAAUACUUACUACCUGUCAUUUUUGGUAAGUAAAGUAACGUGUAUUAUUAGGCCAUGUACCAAUAAUUUGUAAGUAGAUUAUCAAUUAUUAGUCUAUCAGAACAUGUGCCGAAAUUUUGUAAAUAGUUUUAUAUAUUAGAACAUGAAAUGGCUUGUAAGGAGAGUAUCAAUUAUUAUAACAUAUACCAAUUUUUAGUAAGUAGAAUAGUAUAAUCAAGAAUCAGAUCAUGUGCCAAUUUAAGGUAAGUAGAGUAUUAUAUUUUUGGACAUACCAAAUGUUGGUAAGUGCAGUAUAAAUUAAUGGAACAUGUAUAACUUCCUUGAAAGUAGAGUAUCAUAAAUUUGUUGCGUACAAUUCUGGAUUUCAAAAUUUGAUAUAUAUUUUUUAAAGUUUCUAUUCGUUUCAUGAACAAUACGUAACGAAGGAAUAAGAGAAUAAUAUAUGCAAAGAAAACGUUACCGAUGCUAGUGAUACUAACAUUACUCAAUUUAAAUAUGCAAUGAAAAUAGAACUUUAAAUACAGAAACCAAAAAGUGUAACAACAUAGCAAGUGAAAUGGUACCAGCUAAAGAUACAAAUAGUAAUUUGACACAAAGAGUACAAUAUUGAAAUUAUAAAAUGUCUCAUAUAUGUUAAGAAUGAAAAAACAAAUCUCUCGCCCUCUGCUAGGAAAAAUGCCGGCCCUAUAUGAGAACCAUUUUCUAAAGAAAUUCUAGAUAUUGCGUCAUCUUACAACAGCCUUUGGAUCAAACAUAAAACAUUCGAACUUAAACAACCUUUUCUCAUUUAAGUGUGGGGUGGGUAAUGAAUGACACACCACAGUCACAUGUUGAUGUCAUUGUCAAAAAAGUAAGUUGAUGUGGCUAAAAAUGAGCCCACACAUGCCACAACAUAAUAGAACAUAUACCAAUUGUUGUAAAGAGAAUGUCAUAUAAGAGAACAUGUACUAUUGGUUGGUGAGUAGUGAAUCCUGAAUAAGGAGAUCUACUUAUGGUUUGUAAGUAGAUGUAUAGGGACAUGUACUUAUGUUUGGUAAGUAGAGAGCAAUGUAUUAGGACAUGUACGUAUGGCUGGUAUGUAGAGAUUAAUAUAUUAGGACAUGUGACAAUGGUUGGUACGUAGUGAAUCUUUAAUAAGGAAAUUUACUUACGGUUGAUAAGUAGAGAUCAAUGUAUUAGGGCAUGUGCAAAUGGUUGGUAAGUAGAGAUUCAAGUUAUAGAAUAUGUACCAAUGGUUGGUACGUAGAGUACCAAGUAAUAGAUCAAGCGGCAAUGGUUGUAAAAGACAAUGUGGUGACACGUCUUGAUGAUGUAACAUAAGUUAACACAUUUGAAAUAUGUGUAUACAAUAGUUUUAUCGUUAAUGUAAUUAUUCGAACAAGUUUGUUUUUAUCCUACCCUACACAACACUAUUAUGAACAUAUGCAACACAUUUUGUCCACAAAAAGACUGUAAAAAUGUUAAUAUAAUUAUUCGAACAAGUUUGUUUUUAUCCUAUCCUGCACAGCACUAUUAUGAACAUAACCAACACAUUUUUUUCCGCAAAAAGACUGUAAAAAAGCUCAGUGCGAAUGCAACCUCAUAUCAUACACUACACUACACUGCACUAAACUGCAUUACACUGCACUAAACUUCUCUACUCUACACUAUGGAUGCUAUAGAAACUCCAGUUAAUAUUUAAGCACAUUGUUACCAAAUGUGGUCCGAUAUAACAUUUUUAUUAUAUUUGAAUGAUUCUUACUAUGCGUAAAUAACUAUGAUUUAAUUUCCCCAUUUAAGGCACGCCGCUGCUAAUAGUCAUUAUAACUUUGAGCGUUAUCAGUGAUGGCUUUGGGACCUCAGACUAGUGAGUAGUAUCUGUGUUGCGAUAUGAUACCUUGUUUGUAAUAUAGGUCUUAGUUCUUUAAGAAUGUCUUAUGAAUCAUAGUAUUUAUAUUUAAAUCAACGAGGUUUCUUCCAAGUCAUUUCUGUACGACACCCCCACCACCUUCCUCUUCCCCAACACUAAAGAAUUCUGUAUUUACCCCACCACAUGACCCCCCGCCAUAACGAGUUGUUUUCCGAAGUCUCCCCAUCAAUAAAGAAUUCUGCAUUUACCCCACCACCUGACCCCAGCCAUAACAAGUUGUUUGCUGAAGUCUCCCCAUCACUAAAGAAUUCUGUAUUAACCCCACCACCUGACCCCAGCCCAAAUGAAUUGUUUGCUGAAUUCUCCCCAUCACUACAGAUUAUUUAUUUACCCCACCACCUGACCCUAGCCCAAAUGAAUUGUUUGCUAAAAUCUCCCAUCACUAAAGAAUUCUGCAUUUAUCCCACAACCUGACCCCAGCCCUAAUGAAGUGUUUGCUGAAGUCUCCCUUCAGAAUUCUGUAUUUGUAACCGUCUGAUAUUUUAAAGAUGUCAAUUUAUUACUAUGGAUAGUGGUUAUCUUAUAAAGAUGUCAAUUUAUUACUAUAGAUAGUGAUCAUUUUGUUACAAUGUAAUGUAAUAUUUUUGAUAGUAGUCAUGUUAUAUAAAUUCAACUUUAAAACUGUAGAUAGAAGUCAUCUAAUAAGUUGUCAAUGUAAUACGUAAUACAACUGUCAUCUUAUAAGCUGUUAAUUUAAUACCUAAUACUGUGCUCAUCUCAGAAGUUGCUGAUGUAAUACAUGAUACAUUGGUAAUCUAAUAAGUUGAUAUGUAAUACCUAAUACAGUGGUCCCUCUUUAAGUUGCCAAUGUUAUACCAUUGAGAGACGUCAUUUUUUAUGUUGAUGUCAAUUUAGUAGUUACCAUCCUAACAUGUGUUGUAUAGAUUUUUCAAUGGUAAACAUAUUUUCCCUCAUACAUUUCAGUUGUUGGCUAAACAUUGAAAACGGCCUGAUAUGGGCAUUCAUUGG